CUCGCUGAUGGAACCAAAGAGAGUAUUUUGAAAUAUAUGGGUCUUCCACUCAACAUAUUUGAAAAGGGGUCCUUUUUUCAGCCUUAUUUACCUUUACAACAAAUCGACAUGUUGUCCUCCGAACAAACAAAAUCCUAUGUCGUUGGCACAACCAAUCAAAUAUUCUUUCAUCAUAAAAGUGAUACGAAAAUUGAUGUACUUGUGAAUGUGGAAACGGGUACAUUAGAGUUUUACAACCCUCAAUUGGUUAAUAUCGUAAGUCCUACAAUUGCGGACCGAAGAUGGAUGGAAAAUAUUGUAAAGGUGGUGAAUGACACCUGGAAUACAAAUGGUAUAGCCGUCCGACCAUUACAAAACACAUAUCUUGGAUCGGACGAUUACCUAAGAGCCAGAUUUGAAGAAUACAUGCUCUCCAUGUUAUCCAGUGUGAAACAUGCACAGGUACAUAACAUGAUGGAUAAAGUAUACGAGGACAACAAUUCCGAAGAGAUAAUGACGGAUGAAGCCGAAGAGCAUAAUUACCUUUCAGAUUAUGGAAUGAAGUGGUUGAAGGCCUGGUGGGAAACCAACAACUUUAUAAAAUGGAAUAAAUACACUGAUCAUGAAAUAUACGAGAUUGUAGAACCAGGACAUCCGGGUAUGGGGAAUUUAUCCAUUGCUGACCUUCAGAAUACAUUAUCAAACCGUCUUCGCGAUUUACAAUUAAAACAGAAUUUAGCACCAAUUCGAAACACGCUAUCUAAGGCCAUGUCGGGUGGCGCAAAAGCUGUUUCAACUGGACGGUCAAAACUCAUGAAGGGUGUAGAUGCAUUUUGGAACGACUCUGAACAAACAACCACACAACAAGCAGGAAGAUUAUUCUCAAACUUCUCCUCAUUUUUAACAAGGAAAUCCAAAGAGUUUUCACUGGUUAUGGAGGAAUCCGUGUCCGAAAAUAGCUCAACUUCCUCAAGCAGAAGAACGUCGAUGUUAGCUACAAAAAAAGUAACCCGGGAUAAACAAGUAGCAGAUAAACAAGACGAUGAUGCAGCUGCUUUUGUAGAUGUUGGCCAAAUGUAUCCAUUCACAAAGAGUAAAGUUAAGGAGGAAGAAAAGAUUCUAGAUAUUUAA